GCCUGCUGCUGAAAUUGAGAUGGCCUUGGAGUCGAGGAACGAGGGAGAGAGUCUGCGGAGACCCAGUGAGAGUGGGGAGCCUCAAAGUCCUGGCGAUGAACUUCGCUCCACCAUCGAGGGCCACCUUCUCUCCCAGCCCUGCAAAGAGGGUCUCGAGCACAGUGUUGAAGAUGUUGAGGCGGCUACCCGGCCAUCCCUUGAAGAGAGCAUAGUGGAGGUCAUUCCUCUGUUCGCUCAAUUAGAGGUGAGAGGAGCUCGAGUAGAGUCUCUCGAACGGGUGACCAAGUCUUUGAUGGACUUCUUAUCCAAGGGUGUAUCUCGGCUGGCUGCUUACAUGUAAAUGUCUAGAAAGCACUUGAAGGGGAGAACCAGGCCCUUUGCUCCUCAGUAUCCUCUGGGAUGAGGCAGGUCCAUGGAGACGAGACACGAUACUUGGCUCUCUUGAUCUUCUGAUCUACCUCGUAGACUGAGGUGGGGGAUGAGGCAAGCCCGUAGAGAUAUAGUACUUGGCUCCUUUGGUCGUCUCGUCGGCGUCAUAAACUGAGGCUAGGGUUAAAACAAGUCCGUGGAUACACGGCGUCACCUGGAAUCACGAUUAUCUGGAGGGUUUGGACAAAAUGAGAGAUCAUGUGCUCCUGAAUCCUUGAAGCAAUUUUAGGGCACUGAAAGUGUAAGAACUCCCUCCAGACUCGUUGGCA